AUGGCAGACCCCACCCAAUCGCAUGGCCUUGGAGCCCAGAAACUCCCUUCCCCGCCAAUUGUUCGCAGUCCGCUCUCGUCGGGCAGCGGUAGCGGAACCCCGAUCUCAUUCCAAACAAACGUGAAUCGCUCCAAAACAAAGCGCUGGGUGGAAGCGAAACAAUAUUCUUAUGAUGGAGGUGACUGGGGUAGUGACGAUGAUGAAGAGGAGGAAGAGGAGGCGCCUCCCGCAGUAUCUCGGCCUCCCUAUCUCUCCCGCAACACUGGCAGUUCGACCGAGUUGUCCUCAAGGCGUUUGUCUAGCAUCGGGUACGGAGCCGGAGGCAGUGAUUCGAAUUUAGUCGAUGGGAAAGGUAGGAACCUUAGUGGAGGAGACCAGAAGACCCUUCCAUUUGUAAGGCCGGCCGACCUAUAUAAGCGCAUGCGCGAGGAGAAAGCGGCACAGCAGUCUUCUAUCACUGGUAGCAAUGAUCCUAAGCCAGACGGGCUUGGAGUUCCACCUCCAACAGACCAGCAGGGCCCUCCUUCGGGUCUACCGGAAGUCAAGCGCAUAUCUAGCUUUGGUACCGAUUUCCUGGGUGGUGCAGACUCCAACCCGCCAAUGGAUAGCUCUGCAUCCCAGGAACCCUCUUUGCACCACAACCCCUCGUCGGGAUUCAGAUCAGUAGUGAACCAGGCCUUCGAUGUCCCAGAAACUCCACAAUCCACUACCACUAGUGUCGCGCGAUCGAACAGCGAUGGCACUUCGACGAUCAGCCCUAUCAUGGGCGCUCGGACUAUGACUGAUGAAAGAACACCCACCAUUCUCGAAGAACCGAGUGAGUCGAGCACCCCGAAGGCAACUGCGAAUGCGAUUCCAGGGUUUAACCCUGGUCAUCGCCGAGACCUGAGCCUUCCUAGUUCGGACAACAGCCCUUCGAGAAAACCUCAAGUCACAGACCAGGACACCCCAACAGCGGGCCGUGCAGAAUUGUCCUCCAUUCCUCUACUCCCGACUCUCUCACCAGAAUCGCCUGAUGGGGACAUAUCUCCUCAGAAGCCAUCGAUGCAACCAUACAACAACGGGCAGGAUAUGCCUGCCCCUCUUAAAUUCGGAAGUGCAUCGGGCCCUGACUCCUUCCAUGGCGAAAUCCCCACCAUCAUGGGAGCCGAAGAAUCGCCACAGAAUGCCGACAAUGAUCGCUUGAGGGAAGAGAUUAUCCGAUCAUUAAGUCGGGAAACGACCCCCAUGGAGGACCCGGAGCCAACCAACCAACCUCAGUCGCAGGCACCCGCUGAGUUCUUCCCGCAUCAGUCUAUUGUUUCUGAAAGCCACCCAGACUGGACUAGCCCGCCACCUUUAGCACCUCGAGACCCUUAUGCGACCAGUCAAGGCGCAGCUGGUAACUCUUCAUCCACGGUCAUUGAUCAGCCAAAGAAGCCCAAGUUGGAAAGACGGUUCUCAUGGGAAUCCUCCGAUUCGUCAGAACCAGAGCCGCCUCAAAUGCCCGGCAGCUAUUCAUCGCCCCCUCCUCUAGCCACAUCGUUAUCUAUGCAAGAGCCUGAGCCUAUACAUGAGGAGGCCGCCCCAUUGGUGUCGGACGUGUCGCACGACCCGCUUGCUUCCGAAGAUGAAGGGGCCGUUACCCAGCGUGCUGUGGAAAAGCCUCGUCUUUCGAUUGUUCCACCUAUCCCUGAGAACAUCAAACCACCGGAGCAAGUCAUGGGACCAGGAGCUACUCCACCUCCGCAACGGGUCGUCUCCAACGCCGGCAGCUUAUCCCUCGAUGAAUCCAAACUUUUGGGCUUCCGUGAUAUUCUCGGUAUCACAUCUAUCAACCAGCGUAUCAAGUCUUUUGAACACACCCGUGACCAGUUCGCCACCAUUGACACUGGUUUGAGUCAUUGGUUACAGUUCACGGUUCACGAUCACCCCGAGCAUGCCGACGUUGUCCAACAGAGCCAGAAUCUCUCUCCUACCGUGCCACCGUCAGAUGCUUCCCGCAGCAGAUUCCCUAAGUUGGGUGGUGCUCUUUCCAAUAUCGGUUCCUUGAAUGACGGUACUCCGACCGGCGCCACUCAUAUCAGACGCCCGUCGGGCCAUAUCGGCACCGUGAUGAACAAGGAUAAAGUCGGGGAGAAAGGAAAGGAGCUCCUCCACACUGCGGGAGCGUUUAGUGGUAAGGCAACUGGGGCAGCCAAGGGGCUGUUUGCCAAGGGCAGAAGCAGGUUCCGACCCAGUGGAGGUUCUGAGAAGGUUCAGUCAACUCCAAGUGCGUCUCGCCGCAGCUUUCAGUUCUCAUUCCCUUCAGGGUCAGGUGAAGCGUCUGGUAACUCUUCUCUACGAAACUCUGUCACCCUUGGCAGUCUGCCGAUCUUCAAAUCUGAGCGAGCUGAGCUCAUAUCCGAUUCUAACCCACCGGCCAGUUUUUGUCUAGAUCAUCCACAGGAUGAACACAAUGCCGGUAAACGUGUCAAGCCGACCAAAUCGGGGAAUGACUACCCGUCGCACAAUGGUGUUGGCGAAACAACUGUGCAACCGAAACAACUCUCAUCUUCCAACGGUGUCCCUCCUAAGCGUGAAGUUCCGGGAAAGUCUGCCUUUGCUGGGGAUCUCGAGCAGGAGAUGAUAGCCGCGCUUGGUCUUUCGCCCACUGAUCCUCAUCCUCAAAGGGCGGCAAGUACCCCGAUGGUGUUGAAUGCAUUUAGCCAGGUAAACGGCGGGAAACGGCAAGUUACAGCGCCACUGCCACAACCAAAAAGCACGACUGGCAAUCAAUCCGAUGCUGAAGCGCCGGUGAACAAAGCUGCUAUCGCAAAAAAGAGUUUGCCAAUCAUUCCUGAUGAGCCUUUCCACGUCUCUUUUCCGGCUGUGAACAGCCAGAGACAUCAGUCAAGCAAGUCUACACCGGAGAUUGUUAUUCCGUCAAUCCGUCCAGUGCUUAACGAAGGUCCUAAGGCUCCUUCGCCUCCUCCUAAGGAUAACGAUAAUGGGCUGGCACCUAGCCAAGGUCAUAGACGCCAUCCCUCUGUCUCCACACUCGGAGUUGAUGAGCAGCCCGGACGUACAUCUAACGAGGAACUCGACAGAGAUCCCCCUUCUCCAUUGCAGGAGACAGCAGACGAGGGAACACCAGAACCCUGGUAUAAAAGCAAGAUUGAGCAUCCUAUGGAUGACGCUUCCAGCGGCUCUCAAUCAUCUGCUCGAGUGAAGAGAAGGUCCUUCAUACCUUUCUAUCCAUCAGGGUCGUCAGAGUCCACAAGCUCUGCCGAAGUCCUCGAAUCCAAAAGAAAAUCGAUCAGUGGCCUACCUCCAUCUGCUCCAGAUUUCCGUAGCCCCUUGAGAAACGAAGUCAGAUAUUCGCCGGGAACCCGAAGCAGUAUGCUAAGUUUCGGUAGCUUUGGAAAGCAGAGCACUAACGGCAAAGGGACUCGUCCGUCUACACCUGCUAACGGUCUCUCGCAACCUUCGGAAUCGGGGUCUCCUGGAGAGAAUGGGGAGUCUACUAUUGGAAAGCUCAAGGAGUUCGGGAGACGACGACGCGCUUCGGUGGGAGAUCUCCUCUCUGGCAUUCAAAUACAAGGGCCUCAGGCGCCCCCGGUAGGUCAGCGGAAACGAACAUUCAGCAGGAUUAGCGUACUAUUUGGCCGGCAAGACUCUCAAGAUCCUGCGACAAAACCGACCAACCACACAAGGUCUGCCUCAGAGCAACUGCAUCACAAAUAUCUGCCGAAACGCCCGUCGACAAAUGGAACUAUAGAUACUACUAGCAGUUUCGCUGCACAAGAUGAACCCCCGGUCCUCAGCAAUCUGUUUGAACAAAAGCCUUUGCCAACUCAGCCCCCUCACCCUAGGGCACCUCCACCACCACCACCGAGCGACACAAAACCUCUACCUCGCGAUACUCAUCAACGUGCAAGUAUAUCACUUCCACCCACCUCGCCAUCCAACUCCCUAGCGACUGGUCGAUUUUACUCGCAGCUUCAGUCUGGAUCCAUGAAAGAAGCCCCAGCCGCCUCUCGCCAUCUCAGCCAGCCUCUCUCAGGUCAUUCCUGGUCACCGUCUCCCAUGUCCUUCCUCAAGAAUAGAGCUACAGAUCCACUGUCCCCGCUGGAGCAAUUACAAGACAACCAGAUACAUGAACUGCAGGAAGAGGGGCAUGAGGAGCACAAGGAUCGCGUGCUUAGGGAGGGCCUUCGACACGAACUAUAUGGGGAGAUACCUGAGGCUAAGCAGAACCACCUGGGACAACAACAUGAAUUACAAGGCGAUCUCAAACAACAGAGCCUAGCUCCUCAGCUCAGUAUUCGAUCCCGAAAGCCAGUGGGUUCAGACUCGACAUUCCCAGCCUCCGAGAACCACGCAUCCCGCAACAUCGCCGUCUCAACCGCCUCCGCGCAUCCCCACCGCAGUGAGAACGAGGCCCGGGUAGUCAACUACCCGCCUCAGCCAGUAGAGCUUGCCAUCACCGCGGACGACUCCAGUGAGGAGAUCGUCAUGUCCCCCACAUCCUAUCCGGGGCAGGAGUGGACGCCCAUGCAUUUGUAG